AUGUUUGGGAUUCAGGAAAAUAUACCACGAGGUGGGACGACCAUGAAAGAAGAACCGCUGGGCAGUGGAAUGAACCCCGUCCGAUCAUGGAUGCAUACCGCCGGGGUUGUGGAUGCUAACACAGCCGCGCAAAGCGGUGUUGGGUUGGCUCGGGCACAUUUCGAGAAACAGCCGCCUUCCAAUCUCAGAAAAUCCAAUUUUUUCCACUUCGUCUUAGCUCUGUACGACAGGCAGGGACAGCCAGUGGAGAUUGAAAGGACAGCUUUUGUGGACUUUGUGGAAAAAGAUAAAGAGCCAAACAAUGAAAAAACUAACAAUGGGAUUCACUACAAACUCCAGUUAUUGUAUAGUAAUGGGGUUAGAACGGAACAGGAUUUGUACGUUCGGCUAAUAGAUUCCAUGACAAAACAGGCGAUUGUCUAUGAAGGACAAGACAAAAACCCUGAGAUGUGUCGGGUGCUCCUGACCCACGAAAUCAUGUGCAGCCGGUGCUGUGACAAGAAAAGUUGUGGAAACAGAAAUGAAACACCUUCAGAUCCUGUUAUCAUUGACAGAUUUUUUCUAAAGUUUUUCCUCAAGUGCAAUCAAAACUGUUUGAAGAAUGCAGGAAACCCACGAGAUAUGCGAAGAUUCCAGGUUGUUGUAUCAACAACAGUCAAUGUGGAUGGCCAUGUUCUGGCUGUCUCAGACAACAUGUUUGUACAUAACAACUCCAAACACGGAAGGCGGGCUCGCCGCCUCGACCCCUCAGAAGCAGCUACUCCUUGUAUAAAGGCAAUUAGCCCCAGUGAAGGUUGGACAACUGGUGGAGCGACAGUCAUCAUAAUCGGCGACAACUUCUUCGAUGGCUUGCAAGUUGUUUUCGGAACAAUGUUGGUGUGGAGUGAGCUGAUAACACCCCAUGCCAUCAGAGUUCAAACUCCACCCCGGCACAUUCCUGGAGUUGUUGAAGUAACCCUCUCCUACAAGUCCAAACAGUUCUGUAAAGGUGCUCCUGGACGGUUUGUCUAUACCGCCCUUAAUGAACCAACAAUAGAUUAUGGAUUCCAGAGAUUGCAGAAAGUCAUUCCACGGCAUCCAGGUGAUCCAGAACGGUUACCAAAGGAAGUAUUACUUAAAAGAGCAGCUGACCUUGUUGAAGCUCUGUAUGGCAUGCCCCACAACAAUCAGGAAAUAAUCCUGAAGCGAGCAGCUGAUAUUGCAGAAGCAUUAUAUAGUGUGCCACGCAACCACAAUCAGAUUCCUACACUUGCCAACACUCCAGCUCAUACUGGUAUGAUGGGAGUAAAUUCAUUUAGCAGCCAGCUAGCAGUUAAUGUUUCAGAAACAUCACAGGCUAACGACCAAGGUUACAGUCGCAACACAAGCAGUGUUUCCCCGCGAGGAUACGUCCCAAGCAGUACUCCUCAACAGUCCAAUUACAACACAGUCAGCAAUAGUAUGAAUGGAUACGGCAAUGCCAGCAUGCCCAACCUUGGUGUACCUGGUUCCCCUGGAUUCCUUAACGGCUCGACCGCGAACUCCCCUUACGGCAUAGUGCCGUCCAGCCCUACCAUGGCAGCCUCUUCGGUCACCCUUCCUUCAAACUGUAGCAGUACACACGGCAUUUUCUCAUUCUCACCUGCCAAUGUCAUCUCUGCAGUGAAACAAAAGAGCGCCUUUGCUCCGGUGGUCAGGCCCCAAGCUUCUCCUCCGCCAUCUUGCACCAGCGCCAAUGGAAACGGGCUUCAAGGUUUCUGCUUGCACUGGAUCUUAUUCCAGUUCAACUGUGAAUAG